AUUGGAACAUCAGAACAUCAGAAUGGAGAUAACUAUCCAUUGCCACUCACCUUCUACUGUGCCUGAAGAAAGGAGUAAAGAAGAAGCAACGUAGUCAAAGAAAAACCUUCAUUCCAGAAGUGCUCGGGGAAUCAUGCUGGAGAAGUUCUGCAACUCUACUUUUUGGAAUUCCUCACUCCUGGACAGCCCAGAGGCAGACCUGCCACUCUGUUUUGAACAAACUGUUCUGGUGUGGAUUCCGUUGAUCUUCCUUUGGCUCCUGGCCCCUUGGCAGCUUUUCCAUGUGUACAGAUCCAGGACCAAGAGAUCACCUAUAACCAAAUUCUACCUUGCUAAGCAGGUGCUUGUUGGGUUUCUUCUUAUUCUGGCUGUCAUAGAGCUGAUCCUCGUACUCACAGAAGACUCUGGACAAGCCACAAUCCCUGCUGUUAGAUACACCAAUCCAAUCCUCUACCUAGUCACAUGGCUCCUGGUUCUGCUGAUCCAACACAGCAGGCAGUCAUGUGUACAGAAGAACUCUUGGUUCCUGUCACUGUUCUGGAUUCUCUCAAUACUCUGUGGCACUUUCCAAUUUCAGACUCUGAUCAGGACACUCCUACGGGAUAGCAAUUCUAAUCUGGCCUACUCCUGCCUGUUCUUCAUCUCCUAUGGAUUUCAGAUCUUGAUCCUGAUCCUUUCAGCAUUUUCAGAAAAAGAUAAUUCAUCAAAAAAUCCAUCAGUCACAGCUUCAUUUCUGAGUACAAUUUCUUUUAGUUGGUAUGACAGUGUCGUUCUGAAAGGUUACAAGCGACCUCUGACACUUGAAGAUGUCUGGGACAUUGAUGAAGAGUUUAAAGCCAAAGCAGUAGUGAGCAGGUUUGAAGUGCACAUGGCAAAAGAGCUGAAGAAAGCCAGGAAGGCGUUUCAGAAACGGCAGCAGAAGAAAUCCCAGAAGCACUCUGGAUCCAGGCUGCAGGGCUUGAACAAGAACCAAAGUCAAAGCCAAGACGGCCUUGUUCUGGAAGAAACUAAAAAGAAAAAAAAGAAGUCUGGGACCACAAAAGACUUUCCCAAGUCCUGGUUGGUCAAGACCAUCUUCAAGACCUUCUACAUGGUGCUCCUAAAAUCAUUCCUACUGAAGCUAGUGUACGAUCUCCUCACAUUUCUGAAUCCUCAACUGCUGAAGUUGCUGAUCGCCUUUGUAAGCGACCCCAACUCAUAUGCAUGGCUCGGAUAUGUCUUCGCUAUCUUCUUGUUUGCUGUGGCUCUCAUCCAGUCGAUCUGCCUUCAGUCUUAUUUUCAUAUGUGUUUCAAUCUGGGCAUGUGUGUACGGACAACGGUCAUGGCCUCAGUGUAUAAGAAGGCCCUGACCAUAUCCAACUUAGCCAGGAGGCAGUACACCGUCGGGGAAACCGUGAACCUGAUGUCUGUGGAUGCGCAGAAGCUCAUGGACGUGACCAACUUCAUUCACUUAGUGUGGUCCAGUGUUCUGCAGAUCGUCUUAUCCAUCUAUUUCCUGUGGGUAGAGUUGGGACCCUCCAUCUUAGCAGGUGUUGGAGUGAUGGUGCUCCUCAUCCCAGUUAAUGGGAUACUGGCCACCAAGAACAGGAAUAUUCAGUUCAAAAAUAUGAAGUAUAAAGACAAACGUUUAAGGAUCAUGAAUGAGAUUCUCAGUGGAAUGAAGAUCCUGAAAUAUUUUGCCUGGGAGCCUUCAUUCAAAGACCAAGUCCACAACCUUCGGAAGAAAGAACUCAAGAACCUGCGAACUUUUGCUUACAUGCAAUCUGUGGUCAUGUUCCUCUUGUAUUUAACUCCAGUGCUGGUGUCUGUGACCACAUUUUCUGUUUAUGUCCUGGUGGACAGCAACCAUAUUUUGGAUGCAGAAAAGGCCUUCACCUCCAUCACCCUCUUCAAUAUUCUGCGGUUUCCCAUGGGCAUGCUUCCCAAUGUGAUCUCCUCCAUGCUCCAGGCCAGUGUUUCCGUGGAUCGGCUAGAGAAGUACUUGAGCGGGGAUGACUUGGACACAUCUGCAAUUCGACGUGACCCCAAUUUUGACAAAGCUGUGCAGUUUUCUGAGGCCUCCUUUACCUGGGACCGGGAUUUGGAGCCCACAAUCCGAAAUGUGAACCUGGACAUUAUGCCAGGCCAAUUGGUGGCUGUGGUGGGGACUGUGGGUUCCGGGAAAUCCUCUUUAAUGUCAGCGAUGCUGGGAGAAAUGGAAAAUGUCCACGGGCACAUCACCAUCAAGGGCACCACUGCCUAUGUCCCACAGCAGUCCUGGAUUCAGAAUGGCACCAUAAAGGACAACAUCCUCUUUGGAGCAGAGUUUAAUGAAAGAAGGUACCAGCAAGUUCUGGAGGCAUGUGCACUCCUCCCAGACUUGGAAAUAUUGCCUGGAGGAGACCUGGCUGAGAUUGGAGAGAAGGGUAUAAAUCUCAGUGGUGGUCAGAAGCAGCGGAUCAGCCUGGCCAGAGCUUCCUAUCAAAACUCAGACAUCUAUAUUCUAGAUGACCCCUUGUCAGCCGUGGAUGCUCAUGUGGGAAAACAUAUUUUCAAUAAGGUCUUGGGACCCAAUGGCCUAUUGAAUGGCAAGACUCGACUGUUGGUGACACAUAGCCUUCACUUUCUUCCCCAAGUGGAUGAGAUUGUGGUUGUGGAAAAUGGCACCAUCUUGGAGAAAGGAUCCUACAGAUCCCUGCUGGCUAAGAAGGGAGUAUUUGCUAAGAAUCUGAAGAUGUUUGUAAAGCAUACGGAUUCUGAAGGGGAGGUCACAGUCAAUGACGGCAGUGAAGAAGAUGACGACGAUGACUCUGGGCUGAUAUCUAGUAUAGAGGAAUUCCCUGAAGAUUCAAUUUCCUUGACCUUGAAAAGGGAGAAUAGCCUUCAUCGAACACUUAGCCGCAGCUCCAGGUCCAGUGGCAGGCAUCUGAGAUCCCUCAAAAACUCCUUGAAAGUGCAGAAUGGGAAACCCCCAAAGGAGGAGGAAGUGGUGAAAGGCCAAAAGCUGAUUAAGAAGGAGUUCAUGGAAACUGGAAAGGUGAAAUUCUCCAUCUACUUGAAAUACCUACAAGCAAUAGGAUGGUGUUCUAUAGUAGGCAUCAUCUUUGCCUAUGUUUUGAAUUCUGUGGCUUUUAUUGGCUCCAACCUCUGGCUCAGUGCUUGGACCAGUGAUUCUAACACUUACAACAGCACCAACUAUCCAGCCUCUCAGAGAGACUUGAGAAUUGGGAUCUUCGGAGUUCUGGGUUUAGCACAAGGCCUCACUGUGCUUGUAGCAAGUUUCUGGAGUGCCAGUGGUUGUGCCCAUGCAUCAAAUAUCUUGCAUAAGCAGCUGCUGAACAAUAUCCUUCGAGCACCCAUGAGUUUUUUUGACACAACACCCAUAGGCCGGAUUGUGAACAGGUUUGCUGGUGACAUUUCCACCGUGGAUGACACCCUCCCUCAGUCCUUGCGUAGCUGGAUGAUGUGCUUCCUGGCGAUAAUCAGCACCCUCGUCAUGAUCUGCAUGGCCACCCCUGUCUUCGCCGUCAUCAUCAUUCCUCUUGCCAUUAUUUAUGUGGCUGUUCAGGUGUUUUAUGUGGCUACCUCCCGCCAGCUGAGACGUCUGGACUCUGUCACCCGAUCCCCAAUCUACUCUCACUUUACUGAGACUGUGUCAGGUUUGCCUGUGAUCCGUGCCUUUGAGCACCAACAGCAAUUUCUGAAACAAAAUGAGAUGGGGAUUGACACCAACCAGAAAUGUGUGUCUUCCUGGAUUACUUCCAACAGGUGGCUUGCAUUUCGCCUGGAGCUGGUUGGGAACUUGGUCGUCUUCAGUUCAGCCUUGAUGAUGGUUAUUUAUAGAGAUACCCUCAGUGGGGACGUUGUGGGCUUUGUUUUGUCCAAUGCACUCAAUAUCACACAAACCCUGAACUGGCUAGUGAGGAUGACAUCCGAAACGGAGACCAACAUCGUGGCUGUUGAGCGAAUUACCGAGUACAUAAAAGUGGAAAAUGAGGCCCCCUGGGUGACGGAUAAGAGGCCUCCGGCAGGUUGGCCCCACAAAGGCGAGAUCCAGUUCAGCAACUACCAAGUGCGGUACCGGCCUGAGCUGGAUCUGGUGCUGAAAGGGAUCAACUGUGACAUCAAGAGCACGGAGAAGAUUGGUGUGGUGGGCAGGACAGGGGCCGGAAAGUCGUCCCUCACCAACUGCCUCUUCAGAAUCUUAGAGGCUGCGGGCGGCCAGAUCACCAUUGACGGAAUAGACAUCGCUUCCAUCGGGCUCCACGACCUUCGCGGCAAGCUGACCAUCAUCCCUCAGGACCCUGUCCUGUUCUCGGGAAGCCUGAGGAUGAACCUAGACCCUUUCAACAACUACUCAGAUGAGGAGAUCUGGAGGGCCCUGGAGCUGGCUCACCUCAAGUCCUUUGUGGCUGGCCUCCAAUAUGGACUGUCCCACGAAGUGUCAGAGGCUGGGGACAACCUGAGCAUCGGGCAGCGGCAGCUGCUGUGCCUGGGCAGGGCUCUGCUUCGGAAAUCCAAGAUCCUGGUCCUGGAUGAAGCCACCGCCGCGGUGGACCUGGAGACAGAUCACCUCAUUCAGACCACCAUCCGCAGCGAGUUCGCCAACUGCACGGUCAUCACCAUCGCACACAGGCUGCACACCAUCAUGGACAGUGACAAAAUAAUGGUCCUGGAUAACGGGAAAAUCAUCGAGUACGGCAGCCCUGAAGAACUGCUGGAGAGCGCUGGCCCCUUCUCUCUGAUGGCCAAGGAAGCUGGCAUUGAGAAUGUGAACAACACAGUGUUCUAGGCAGCAGCUGCCAGGGAUGCAGGGACUGGGAGGCUCAGUCCUCAUUUUGCUUCUGUGCCAUAGAGCAUGUGUGCAAAAGUGUGGAUAAAACAUACGUGUGUAUGAAUGAACAUUCAUGUACCCACUACCGGGGAUAGGAAAACGAAUAUUGCCACAUACCCUAAAAGCCCUCUGUGGCUAUACCCCGGCCACACCCCCUUGCCACACAGCUCUCUCAGAGACAACCGCUGCCCCGAAUUCCCCGGUGAUCAUCCCUUUGCCUUUUGUUCUGCUUUUACCACAUUUCUAUGUUUUCUAGAACAAAGUGUGUCUUUUUGUAACUUAUAUAAAUGGACUGGCUCAUACGGCGUGUGUCCUCCAAUGACUUGAUUUUUUUGCCCAAUCUUAUAUUUGAGAUUCAUCCACGUUUAUGAAAAUAGUAAAGUUCGUUCAUUUUA